UAAGAGAAAUCAUGUAAAAAAAUUACAAGAUAAUUUUUCAAUAGUAUAUAUAUAUCGAAACCUUCGAUAUCGAGUACCUAUUAUAGCGAGAUAUAUUAUAGAGAUAUUUGUAAUUUUAUUUAAAAUAUUUACAAGAUGAAACCUAUUGUUUUGUGUUUGAUGAUAAUAGCAGCAUCUAAAGCUAUUCCAACAAACAGAUUAACCAAUGAUGAUGCCAACUUGGGAGAUUUUCCAUGGAUCGUCGCGUUGAAUAUUUACGCCCGUAUGCCAUGGUACGAGAUAACUUAUCACGAAUGUGGAGGCGUACUUGUAAGCAAAUCUUGGGUUUUAACUUCAGCUAGUUGCGUCAAAUCUAAUGCCCAAUGGAAUACAGUGACAGAGAUCUACGCUGGUUUCGUACGACAAAACGACCCGUCGCGUCAAUCAUUUACGAUUUCAAGAAUUGAGCGACAUCCUGGUUUUAAUAUGAAUGAAUCUCGCAAUCCAUCUUUUGACGAUAUUGCUUUGGUAAAACUGGAUCGUGAUGUGGAACUAAACGAAAAUGUAAAAAUCAUCAAACUUCCAGAAGCAGAUGCAGACAUUACUAAAAAUUUUACCUCUGCUGGUUGGCCUUAUGCGGCUAUUACUAGGGAAAACCAAGACAUCCUACAAUUACGAAGUGUACCAUUUUUAGAUUAUAAAACUUGCUAUGAUCAAGUAGCAGCCUACGUAGCCCUUGGUCGUACUGAACCUCUCGAUGAAGCUUGGGAUAAUAUCUACCUAAACGAAACACAAAACAUCUGCACAGGACCAAAAGAUGCGGAAACUGCCGUUUUUACAAAAGGUUACCAUGGAGGGCCCUUGAUUCAGGACGGUGUCGUGUAUGGCGUUUUGUCCUACACGUUGAAUGUGUACAUAUACCAUAAGGACUUCUAUGAGCCAUCAGGAGUAUUUAUUAAUGUUUUCAAUUACAUAUCUUGGAUUAAAGGAAUAGUCGAUGAUUUAUAAAAUAUAGAAUCGAUGAGUUUGUUGAUACAGAUGAUUUGUAAUUUAUUUUUAAUUAUAUAAAAUAUAUUGAUAAA